AUGCCUCACUCGCCACUUUCCGAGCAUGACCAACGCGUGGAUUAUUUUUUUGUGCCUGAUCUGCCUCGCGCAUGCCGACGAGAAUCCCGGCAUUAUGCUACCGAGUGGAUCAAACACUACGACUACUGCUUUGUCAUUUUUGCUUGUUUGUUGCAGCCUGGAGGAAUAUUGCAUUUGUCUUUCGUCUUCACUACCAUAGAUGGUGCACUAGCAGAUGGACAUGAAUGCGACUUUUUUGACACUUGUGAUCCCUUCUUUAGGAUCUGUGUCAAAUCCGAUAGCAAUGGAGAUUGUGACCUCUUCAAGGCCACAACCCCAGCGAUUAAAAAUGUUUUCAGUGUGGCUUACAAGGGCGACUCGGCUUUUCAGUUCUCCUUCCGACCGCCCACGAAUGCAAUCAUUUUGCAACAUUAUUUAUCCUCUUUCUUUUGGCAGAAAAUUUAUGUACUAAUUGAAGCCUGGGAAUAUGAUGUUGUUACCAACUUUGAUUACAUUGGUCGGGUUCAGGGUAGCUUUUUCAUCCACAAUAUCACAAGUCUAUACACACCACUCAAGCUCGAGCGUGCUAAAACCAUCUUCCUGAACAACUUCAAGAUUGAGGCUUCAAUGCGAAAAGAAUGCAAUCCCAACUACUUUGGCCAAAUAUGUCAGUAUCAUGCAAUGGAAUCUGGUUUAGAUUCAGCUAUUCACCAAGCGGCAAUGGAGUUACCGACUAAAAGCACCAAAACCACUACUUCCGCUCCUGAAGCAAGUGCACUUUGUGCUCGUGCCAGUAUAAUAAUAGGGUCCGAAGUUUGCUUAAAUCACGGAACCUGCCAUGACAACAUCGACGGAGUCGGUUAUGCCUGCCGCUGUCAACCAGGCUACACUGGAACAAGGUGUGAACGUCGGGAUCUUUGCCACAACAUCACGUGCAACGGUCAAGGCAAAUGCGAGAAUUUCAAGGAAACUAGGGAAACUUUUGUAUGCAAAUGUAAUCCCGGAUGGAAGGGUGUUCUCUGUGAAAUACAAGAGCCAAGUGCUUGUGAAUUGGCCUUCCAGAGAUUGCCUAAAGACCAACUUUCCAUUUGUUUGCAUGGUGGACAAUGUGUUGAGAAUGUGAACCAGUUUGGAGCCAAGUGCCAAUGUGAAGUUGGAUGGACUGGGGAGAGGUGCGAAACACACUUCACUCAGACCACAACUUUCAUCGCCUCAGUAGUUCUCAUUCCACUGUUUGUGAUAUCUGCGCUAUUCUGCACAUAUUUCCGUAAAAACGUUAGUUUCAAAAUAACAAAGAAACAAACGAAGCCUAAUAUUGAAGUCCAUUAUGGCUCUGACGAUCCCUACUCGAGAAUACCAUUCUAG